AUGGCAGUGGAUACUUCUAUAAGCACAGAGGAAUUCUGGCUUUUUGGUUACGGGAGUUUGAUUUGGAAACCUCCACCGCACUUUGACCAACGUAUCCCUGGUUAUGUUACAGGUUACGUUCGUCGGUUUUGGCAGGCUAGCCAGGAUCACCGUGGAACGCCUGACAAGCCAGGGCGGGUUGUGACACUGAUCGAAAGAUCCUUCUGGGAGACUUUGUCUGAUCCCCACCCUUCGGCAUCUUCAGACAAAGUUUGGGGCACCGCAUAUCGGAUUGAGACAGCCAAAGUCGCCGAGGUCAAGGAGUAUCUCGACAUUCGGGAGAUUAACGGGUACACCAUCCACUACACAGAUUUCCAUCCCGCGGAUGCGUCGCCCAUGAUCAAGACUUUGGUGUAUAUCGGGACCCCAGAUAACGAUCAGUUCAUGGGCCCACAAGAUCCGGAGAGGCUUGCGGAGCACAUAUAUCGGAGCAAAGGUCCAAGCGGGCCGAAUAAGGAUUAUCUUUUGAGUCUAGAGACGGCUUUAGAUGGCUUGAGCCCAGAAAGUGGAGAUUACCAUGUCAAGGACCUGGCUGAUCGACUGAAGAAGAUUUCAGAGGCCACUGGUGGCGUGAGCCGGGGCAAAGAGGCACUGGAUCAUGAGCUCAAGAAGGUCGACAGCACCGAUGAGCAAGAAGAGACAGAGAAGCGGAUUUUGUAA